AGCAGCAUGACUUCCGGGAAAGGUCCUUCCGCUGGAGACGCCACUCUGAGGAGGAGAAUCGAGCCCUGGCAAUUCGAAGCCUCCUUUGACCCCCGCCAGCUGCGGAAAGAGGCCUGUCUGCUCUCUGAGGUGCGGUGGGGCGUGAGCCCCAGGGCCUGGCGGGAGUCCGGCCUGAACACCACCAGUCACGUGGAGAUGAACUUUAUAGAAAAGUUCACUUCAGAGAGAAGUCUGCGCCCCGCCGUCCGCUGCUCCAUCACCUGGUUCCUGUCCUGGAGCCCCUGCUGGGAGUGUGCCAGGGCGAUCAGCGAGUUUGUGAGGCAGCGCCCCAAUGUGAGUCUGGUGAUUUACGUCGCACGGCUUUUCUGGCACAUGGAUGAGCAAAACCGGCAAGGACUCAGGGACCUGGUGACCAGUGGCGUGCGUGUGCAGGUCAUGAGUGACUCAGACUACAGCCACUGCUGGAGGAAUUUUGUCAACUACCUGCCAGGGCAGGAGGCAGGCUGGCCGCGGUUCCCACCCAUGUGGACAACGCUGUACGCACUGGAGCUCAGCUGCAUCCUUCUAAGUCUACCACCCUGUUUAAAGAUUUCAAGAAGACACCAAAAUCAGCUUACAUUUUUCCAACUUACUCUUCAAGAUUGCCAUUACCGAGCAAUUCCGCCCCCCGUCCUUUCAGCUGCAGGGUUGAUGCACCCUUUUGUGACCUGGGGUUGA